AUGCUUCCAAAGGUGGUCAUUCCCCUUCUGGUCGUCCUGAUCGCCCUUCUGACCCCAACCGUCGCUCAGUUCCGAUGCAGAACGAACGCCGAUUGUCCGGCAGCUUUCCCGUACUGUAGAGGCGGCUGGUGCGAGAGGCGUCUGCCGGAACCACCUCGGGGUGCUCCCCCCAAGGUUCCUUGGUACCAGAACUUCCCUUGGAACAAGAAGCCCCUUCCUCCUCCCGGUCCAUCCCAUCCAUUCACUAUGCGGCCAAGACCAGACAAGGUUUUUUUUUUCGGGACGUAUUUCAACUUCCAAGGGCGGUGCAAAGAGUGGAUGCUUGCUAGUUUGAUGAAACAUUUUUGAUCAGUGCCUAAAAGCAGGAAUUUCAAGUUGGCGCCGAAAACACCUCCCUCUCUUAUCAAGAAAAAUGGGUUGAUAUCUUUAAAAAAAGACGAUUUUAUUCAACUUAAACUAAAGUGUGAUCAGGAUGUCCUAAAAAGGUCCUUCUCCGCUGAGUUUCCUAAAGUUAUCAGCCUCACUUCCCUUUCUAUAAAUUCUAUUAAGUGAUCACAAAAACCAAUUUCAGGAAUGCGACCAAGAUUACCAGUGCCCGGUCUGGCGUCCACGCUGCGUCAAUAAUAAAUGCGUACCACGUCAGAGAUCGAAAAGCUUCCCUUGAAUUAUUUUCGGUAGAAGUAUGAAAAUUGAUAAAGAUCGUUACUACAAAUCCAUUAUACUUUGUUCACAUGAAAAGAUAUAAAAUAGUAAAGUUAAUCCUUCCUCAUUCAAAAGGCGAGAUGAACAGAUCGGCCGAAACUGUGAAUGUACUAACUUCAAAAUUUGGUGGCUUAAAGAUUUAAAUUAGGGUAGUUCAAAACAGGAUUCAUAAUCUGCUAAAACUUAAAAGAUACCGAGAAAAAGCUUGUUGAAAAUGGACAUUUUAGACCUGAAAAUUAUCAAAUUUCAGCUUUUUUCCAAAUUUUUUCCAAGCCUAACUGCCCAUUUUUGAGAAGAUUUUUUUUUUGAUACUUUGGACGUGGACAUGGGCGCGACUUUUUUGCGGGGAUCUGAGGUCAAACACGUGCCAUCAUUUUUGAAUAUCUCUUUUUUUCAGAGCUGUUCUCAAGUCGGGGCGACCCUGGCCGAGGCCGCCCCGACCCGACCGCGACGCGCCCCUGA